AUGAAUCAGGACAAAGCAGAAAAAUUUACAAAUAUGAUAUUAGACCGAACAAUUUUUCCACGUUCAUCUAUUAAUACAACAGCCUCGGAUCCUGAAGGCAAAUUUUUAGUCUUAAAUGUUUGUAUUGACAUGCCACCCAAGGUUACAUCUGAUGGCAAUUGGGCUAAUCAUGAUCAAGCUGCAAUGCCUAUGCAAUCCACUUUGCCAUUGUUAGAGCUUCAAAUUCUCACAAUCUUUGCCAUUACUCAAUGCUUUCAUUUGGUACUUAAGCGUCUUGGGGUCCCUUAUUUCGUUUCACAAAUCAUGGCUGGUUUAGUUCUAGGACCAUCUUUGAAGUUUUCAAAAACAUGGACUGGAUUCAAAAAUAUCUUGUUUCCAUACGGUACUGAAGAUGUAAUAAGUGUAAUAUCCCUAAUUGGAUAUGCAUUUUUCCUGUUUCUAACUACUGUGAAAAUGGACUUCACCAUGAUAACAAGAACAGGUAGAAAAGCAUGGACAAUAGCUUUUUGUUCCUUUUUGAUUCCAAUGUUUUUUGGUCUCCUAGUGUGUUACAGAUUCCAAGAAUUUUGGAAACUCGAGAUGGGAAAUUUUGAAGCAAAAAACCUUCCUGUUAUAGUUAUAGGGCAAAGUGGUUGUUACUUUGCUGUCAUAGCUUCUUUGCUUUCUGACCUUGAGAUUCUUAACUCAGAACUCGGACGUUUAGCACUCUCAACAGCUAUGGUUAUGGAUUCUUUCAACUCAAUUGUUACAGGAAUUGGCACAGCUUUUAUUAGCAGCAUCAAAACAGAUUCACAUGAUAAUGGGGAUGGAAAAGGAACUCUUAAAGCCUUUUUAAAUGUUUUCUAUUACUUAUGUUUUAUGGUAGUGACUCCUCUUGUGUUGCGUCCUAUAUUGAAGUGGUUUGUUAAAAAGACACCAGAAGGUAGACCGAUGAAGAAAGUAUACAUGUAUAUUGUGUUCAUUAUUGCUCUUGCAGUUGGAAUGUUGGGAUUAUUGACAAAGCAAAGUGUUUUAGGUGGAAUUUGCAUUGUUGGUCUUAUUGUACCUGAAGGUCCUCCAUUAGGAACUGAAAUGAUCAAGCAAUUGGAAUUGUUUUGUAGUUGGUUCCUUUUUCCUAUUUUUGUCACAAGUUGUGCUAUGAAGAUUGAUCUUAGUGUAUAUGUUAAAAGCGACUAUAUUUAUGUUUGGCUUGGCAUUAUUGUUGCUGUUCAUUUGUUCAAGAUGCUGGUGACCAUUGGAAUUUGUUGGUAUUGUAACAUGCCUAUGGCUGAUGGUUUGUGUCUUGCUCUGAUGUUGAGUUGUAAAGGUGUUGUGGAUUUUUGCAACAAUGUGUUUCUUCAUGAUUCCAUGCUUUUGAGCAGUGAAGCACUAUUCGUUUUGAGUAUAAAUGUGUUGGUGAUUGGAACCUUGGCACGCAUUGGUGUGAAGUACUUGUAUGACCCUUCAAGGAAAUAUGCAGGUUAUCAAAAGCGUAACAUCUUGAGCUUGAAACCAAACUCAGAACUUAAGAUAGUUUCAUGCAUCCUCAAACCAAGUCACAUAAUUCCCAUAAAGAAUGUUCUUGACAUUUGCAGUCCAACAUCAAGCAAUCCAUUGGUAAUUCAUAUCUUACAUCUCUUGGAGCUUGUUGGAAGAUCUUCUCCCGUUUUCAUAUCGCACCGGCUUCAAGAAAGAGUUGGUUCAAGUUCCCACACUUUCUCUGAAGCUGUCAUCGUUACUUUUGAUCUUUUCGAACAUGACAAUGCUGGUACUGCAUCAGUGAGUACCUACACAGCUAUAUCGCCAGUGCGUUUCAUGCACGAUGAUAUUUGUUAUCUUGCAUUGGACAAACUUGCAUCCAUCAUCAUUCUUCCUUUUCAUCUGAGAUGGUCAGAGGAUGGUUCUGUUGAAUCAGCGGAUGAGACCACAAGGUCUUUGAACACCAAGGUUCUUGAAAGAGCACCUUGUUCGGUAGCGAUCCUUGUGAAUAGAGGACACUCUUCUCCAUUCAACCACAAUGAGAAUUCAAAGCAAAUUGCCAUGAUUUUCUUAGGAGGUUCAGAUGAUAGAGAAGCAUUGUGUUUGGCUAAAAGGACAAUCAAAGAAGAUACUUAUCACUUGGUUGUGUAUCACUUGGUUUCAACAAUCAAGAAUGAUGAAUUCACUAGUUGGGAUGUUAUGCUUGAUGAUGAGUUACUAAAGGGUGUUAAGGGAGUUUAUGGUAGUGUAGAUAACGUGACAUAUGAAAAAGUAGAAGUCGAAAACACUUCUGAUACCACGGAAUUCAUCUCAGAUAUAGCGAUUCAACAUGAUUUCAUUAUAGUUGGGAGGCGAAAUGGCAUCAAAUCGCCUCAGACACAAGCACUUGCAUCGUGGACUGAGUAUCCAGAGUUAGGUGUGUUGGGAGAUUUGCUUGCUUCACCCGAUACUAAUACCAAAGCUUCAAUUUUAGUUGUGCAGCAACAAGUAAUGCCUAAGGCGUCAUAA